AGCAAGAAACACACCUUAAGGUGUGUUUUGGGACACACCUGCGUGUGUAAGAAAACACACCUUAACCUGUGUUAUAUUCUGGACAAAAAAGGUGUGUUAUUUGAACACACCUUUUUUUAGAGUGUGAAUACGUACAAUCCAGAAAGUCAGUUUAUACAAGACCUUCGAGAGAAAGAAGUCCCUGGUAUGAAGGGAGUAGUAUCGUCAUCUAAAGGAUUACACACCAAACUACGUCAAGCUGCUCAACGGAAAAAUGGAGUAACAAAAGAACGCAAACAGUUGAUUAAAAUGGGAAAUAAGCUGAGAGCUGAAUUGUUGAAAUAUAAAGGAGGGAAAAAAUCGCCUUCAAUUGAGGCACGUCAAUCGUCCAAAGAUCCGCAGAAUGUGGCGCAAACAUCCCGAUCCCAACUACGGGGUUUGGAACAGUUGCAAUAUGAACUAACAAGCAAAGAACUGCAUGCAGUAUGCACAGAGAACACUAGCGAGGAAUAAUGAUCAGCAUUCGCUAUCUCCUCGCAAAAAAAAUUCCGCGUCGGCCCAAAACUUCAAAAACACUCUUCAAACACGGAACUCGCAGAAAAAGCAGGCCUACCGGAAUCGUCUACUGUUCGUGACGAAAUCGUCUCGCCAUGGCAACCUUCGUUCUCAUCAGACGACCGCGCGUCGUUACAAGAUGUCUGGAAACUACUAGACGAGGACAGUUCUGGAUUAACCCAUCGCGGGGACGAAGUCAGCAUGUCUCAGCUUCGGGAAAGUUUCUCAACUACGGACAGUUUCACGGUCAAAGGUCAGCCUAGUCACGUGCAUCUCAAGCCAGAGUGUUCCAAGGCUGCGCUGUCUGUCAAGGCAGCUGGGAAAUGGACACUCUCCCAGGAACAUAAACAAAAUGAAAUCGAGAACGGGACAAAAAUGUUGGUUCUUUGGAAAGAUACAAAAUCCAAGAAAGCAACCAAAAGAAAAUUCCCUGCCGAGAUUGUAAAGAUAUCAGAUGACAAAGACUGGUUACUCAAAUACAUGAGAGAAGAUGAUUCUCCGGUUAAAACAGGCAAAGGUUUCCGUGUUAUAAAUGAUAGCGACAGUGACACAGAAAGACAGCAAGAACCAGCUGCAACGAAGAGGCAGAAAGCAGCAUCUAAAAAUGCUGAGCAAUCAAAGCGAUCAACCAAUCUGGCUAACAUGAUAAAGGAAAGAUACAGGAAGGAAAGUCUUAAAUUAUUUGAUGACAACAGUGUAUGUGAUGAAGAUUGCAAACAUUUAAGAGAAAAUAGAACGCUUCUGGCAACAAUCAAACACCUAAAAAGUGAAAAUGAAAGACUUCGGGAACAAAUCGAAAGUAGUGAUGAUUUAAAAGUUUCUUUGAGAAAACUGAAGAAGUAUGUUGCAUCCUUGGAAGGCUUUUCAAACCAAGCACCAAAAUUUGGUUCACAACAGAGCGUACGAGCAUACGAGCCUUCCGCAAGAUUGUCUCCUUUGACAACCAUGGAUCAUGGAAGAUUCGUCUCUAUCUCAUGUGUGUCAAGCUCAUCAACCAGAUCUUCUCCCACAUCGAUGAGUGGUUUUUCAGAAUUUGCUACAGAGGAACCAACCGUAAUUGCAAUUAGCGAAGACAACUUGUUGAAAGACAAAAGUAAGGAAAUACAAGGCUGUGAUGAUGACAACUAG